CCUUUUUUUAUCUUUUCUUUUCUCUUCUCCUUCCCCAAACACAACCACUAACAUUUUUCUUCUUCUCUAGUCCGACUGGGAUGCCGUUGCCGGCGAGAUGAACUACAAGGACGGCACCAUCGCCCGCGCCCGCUGGAACCAGACCCGCCGCAAGAAGAUCCUCGGCACUGGCGCCUCCACCACAAAGACGACCAAGAAACCCGCCGCUACCAAGAAAGGCACCGCCGCCAAAUCCAAGACCCAGACCAAGAAGAAGAUCGACUCUGACGACGAGGACGAGGAAGAUCAAGAUGAGAUCAAAGUCGCCGUCAAGAAGGAGGAGGACAAUGACGCCGAGGCCGAGGACGCCAGCGACGAGGAGGAGAUUGAGGUCAAGAAGCCCGUCGCUGCUAAGAGAAAGGUCGCUGCCAAGACGGGCAGAGCUGCUGCUAAGCCCAAGGUUGCUGCUAAGCCCAAGGCCACUACCAACAAGCGCAAGCCUGCCACCUUCACCACUUCCUCUGAAGACGAGGACGACGAGAAGAACAUCAAGAGACUGAAGCGCGCUGUUGCCCCCAAGACCACCAUCGAGACCGCCGACGCUGCUGAUUCUUCUGUCGUUGUGGAGACCACUGAGGGUGCCACUGUCGCUGAGACCGCCACCGACGACAGCAAUGCUGGCAACAAGAGCAGUGACGAUGCCGUCAUGGGCGCCGACAGAGAUGACGAUGAGAAGGAAGAGGUCGUCAAGAAGGAAGUCGCUGAUGAGGAGGAGGACAUGGAGGAUGAGGGUGAGGUUUAAAGCCUCUUCUUCUUCAACCCACUUCGCCCACUUCACCGUUGCUCACUUUCCCCCUUUCACCAAUUUUCCUUUCUUUCCCUUUUUCCCUGUUAUUUCCCUUCACAGCACAACGCAGCACAGCACGGAAAGGGAAUGAACGGAAACAGCAUCGAAUGGAAAGAUGCAAGUGCCUUGU